AUGGUAUAUUUCUUCGAAUCCAGGCCUACAGAAUAUGCAACACCAUAUCAGAUUGUUAUGGGCAAAGACAAAUUUGAAAAUGACCUGCUAAUCAAAUAUUCUUACAAAGAGUUGAACUAUGUAUGGUUCCACACAGAUAAAUAUUCAAGUGCACAUGUGUAUCUGAAAUUACAACCCAAUGAAAAAUCCUUAGAUGAUGUCCCAGACGAUGUAUUGAACGAUUGCUUGCAAAUGGUCAAGGCCAAUUCAAUUCAGGCUAACAAAAUGGUACAAUGCACCAUCAUCAUUUCGCCAUGGACCAACUUAAAGAAGAACAGAUUUAUGAAACCAGGUGAAGUCUCUUUCAAAUCUCUGAAGAUGUGUCGAAGAAAGCAAGCAUUCCAAAGAGACAACAAAAUUCUGAAUAGAUUGACGAAGACCAGAGUCGAAUUGUUCGAAGACGUCGAGGAGACUCUCCAUUUGGCAAAGAAAUCCAAAGACGGUGAGUUUUUCAGUACACUCUUGGCAAAUAACAGGGAUAAACCGCUCGAAGAGGAGCUGGAAAGAAAAAGAGCCAAGAAACUGGCCAAAUGCAAGAAGAAGAACCAAGAUGAUGAAGGGGAAGACGAUAUAUGA